CUUUUUAACUGUACAACAAAAUGAAUAGAUAUUUAUUAAACUUUUCAUACAUUGGUACUGCGUUCAGAGGACUUCAACGCCAAAUUAUAAAAUCUGAACCAUAUAAACCAGAUACAAAUACUGUACAAGGCUGUAUUGAAACCGCUUUGAGAAAUAUAUUUCCUGUAAAUAAACCAGAGCUUAUACUAUCUAGCAGAACAGAUAAAGGUGUUCAUAGCCUUUCAAAUUACGGUCAUGUGGACUUAGAGGAAAUCAACGGAAAAUCUUUUCGAGAAGAAGAAAUAACAAGUACUCUUAAUAGAGCGUUUUGUGUUAAUAAUAUUCCUAUAAGAAUUAUACGUACAAUUCAUAUCCCAAAUUCUUUUCAUUGUAGAUACAAUGCUAAAUUAAGAACAUAUCUUUAUAGAAUAGCGAAUACUAAAAAAGAAAUUAGUAAAGAAGAGAAAAAUAUCCACUACAUCGCUUACAUUCCCAUUGAGGAUGCUAACAGAUGCUUUUACUUGCAAAAGAAAAUCGAUAUAGAUAUUUUAAUCAAAAACUCGAAACUUUUUCAAGGAAAACACGAUUUUAGAACUUUUAUGUCUUCUUCUAAGAACAAUGAAAAACAAAAGCAUCCUAUGCAUAGUAUAAGAACCAUAAUAGAGAUAAGUGUGAAUCGCAGUAUACCCCCAAUUAACUCAUACGAAUAUGAAAAAGCUAUAGAAAACUACGAUUAUUGGGAAAUCAAAAUCAUAGGACCUUCUUUCCUAUACAAACAAAUUCGAAGAAUUGUAGGAACACUAAUAGCCGCCAGUUCUGGUCGUAUAAGCUCACAAGAAAUUUAUGAAAUGCUAACAAUUCCAUCAAAGUUUUCAUGGAACACAAAAGCAGUUGUUGCUCCACCACACGCUUUAUAUUUAUGUGAAGUUCAUUACAAUGAGACAGAUUUUAGGUUUAAUAAAGAUAUUGAUAAUAUAAAUGAAAUUGAAAAUGAGUCUAUUAGAGAAAAUAAUGCAAAAAAAGAACAAGCUGCAACCAACUAAAACCGUUGUAACAAAAUACGAUGGUACCAAAUUUCUAGAAAAUCAUUUAGAAGGAAAUAGUAUAAAAUUAAAUGAAAAAUCCUUGGGUUUUGUUGUAGAUACUGCACCUGAUUUUAUUCCAGCAUUAAUUUUUGAAGAAAAUAAUAAUAAAUUAUAUUUAGGAUCUCAAGAUUCAGUUUUUUUAGAAAACAUUGAGAAAUAUCAAAUAACAGAUAUACUAAGUAUAGGGAUUCAAACUCCUUCAUUGCCAAGUAACACAAAAAACAUACGAACAAAAUUUAUUGAUUGUUUAGAUUUACCAGAAACCAAAAUUAAAGCAAUGCUUAAAAUCAGUAAUCAAUUUAUAAAUGAGUCACUUGAAAAUAAUGGAAACGUGCUUGUUCAUUGCAACGCAGGUGUAUCCAGAUCCGCAGCUGUAGUUAUAGGAUUUUUAAUAUUGGAAAAGAAAAUGAAUUUUGAUGAAGCUUUUCAGUUAACUAAAAGUCGUAGAGAGUGCAUCAGACCAAAUGACGGAUUUUAUAAACAAUUAAAAGAAUUAACAAAUUAAUAUUCAUUACUGAAUACUUAUACUUCACUAAAUUUUUUUUAAUCAAUUAUGAAUUAGGUUAUCAAAUGAUAUUUGUAAAUAUGUAAUAUAUGUAGGUAAAUAAA